UUCUAACUGAUGGUUGUCUCGUCUGUAUAAACCAGUCCUGGAUGUUAGAGUAAUGGCUGCAGCAGAAGCGAAGCCUUCUCGAAAGCAUUCAGGAAACCACUUCCCUGUUCAAGGUGAUGGCUACAGAACUUCAAAAUUAUUGACAACUCCACCGUUUUCCUCAAAGUCAGAAGGUGAUGCUGCAUCUAAUCAUAGAGUUCAUGGGUUUUAUUCCCCAACCAAAGCUGCUCAUGUUCCAACGUUCUAUCGAACAGUUGGCAUUAAGUUGGAGACAGAUGAGCAACCUAAUGUUCAGCACCAUAAAGAUUUUGCAGUAGGAUGGGCAAAAGCUUUGCAGGCUGAAGUGGAUGUUUCAAGCAUUCAGAUUGCAAAUAAAACUACUGUAUCUGGUAAGGAACAUCGAAACAUAGAAGAAUUCGAUUAUCGAGUUUGCAAGAAUUAUGUUGCCACAGAGGUUAUGAGUAAUAAUAAGUCAGUUAACACGACCAAGAAAAUAAAUGGCAUGGAUGAGUUCCACUACAUAGAGGAUGAUGUUACGGACUUGCACAAUUUUGACAGUCAGGUCUCCAAGCAAGGAGAGAAGGUCUCUGAUUUGGAGUCGCAUUGGACAGGAACUGAGAAGACUAAACCGUGGUGGCAAUCUGCUAGUAAAGACGAGUUGGCUUCCUUUGUUGCCCGGAAGUCUCUUGCAAACUUGGAAAAUUGCGAUCUUCCUCAACCACGAACCAAACACCAGAGAAAGGACCAAUCUACCUGUCUUGAAUGUUUUGAGCAAGAUUGCUUUCUCACUUCAUCAUUUACGGAGACGCAAUUCUCCGGUUUGGAUGAAUAUAACAGGGGAAUGCACCCUUCAGUUGGCAUGGGCAAGAGACGGUCCAUUGUUAGUAAAGUAGGUCGCCCACGGCAUCAUCACAGUCAUUUCAGCAUUAGCAGAACUAGUAAUGAAGAAAACAACCCAAGAAGUAUUUCAAAUCUGAAUGUUGGCAAAGCCCAAUUGCUGGAAGCACUUUGCCAUUCACAAACUCGAGCAAGGGAAGCUGAGAAAGCAGCACAGGAAGCAGAUACAGAGAAGAAGCACAUUGUCUCACUCUUUUUGAGACAAGCCACCCAACUUUUUGCUUACAAACAGUGGUUCCAGUUGAUGCAGCUGGAGAACAUUUGCCUUCAACUUAGGAGCAAAGAACAUCCAGUCACUGGUCUGUUCUCAGAUGUCUUGCCUUGGGUCCCUUGUAAAGACAGGCAGUUUUAUCAGCCUAGAGACAAAAGGAAGAAACGGGGCCGAUACAGUCGCAAGUUUACGAUGUACGAAAUCGCUUUUGCUUUGGGAUUGGGUCUUGCUGGUGCCGGUUUGCUCCUUGGAUGGACGACGGGUUGGUUGGUUCCCAUUUUUUGAGUUUCGUAACAUCGGAAACUGGCAUGUUCAUUCUCUGGUUUGCUUUGGAUUCCCUGGUCAAGGCAACUAGUUUCCAUGGGAAAACAUCAUCUUCCAAACUUUUUGUAAAUAUUUAGAGCCUUUGUAUGUGUUAAAAGUUAUAUUUGGCCAACUCUUGGCAAAAGAAAACUGUAAAUUGUAUACAAAAGGGCAUGUGUCCGUGUAAAAAUGGUGUCUUUUUUAGCUGCUUGCUCUUA